GUACGUUGCUAGAAGUACAACUCACCACACGAGGACACAGCUGUCUUUCCACGUAGACUCCAGGACGAGUCUUUGUCUCUCGAUGACGACUGGAUGGAGCGAUCAAAGCCCUGCAUUUCAACAUGAGGAUACGCAUGCAAAUACAGUAUUAUUUAUAUCUACAACCCCACAACCAACUUUUUUUCCCUUCUUUUGUAUCUUUCUCCUGCUGCAAUCUGUUUGGCUUUCGUUCUCUUCCUCCCUCCCCUUUUCCUCCAUCCUCCCCCUCGUCUCUCUCCUCUCUCUCUCUCUGUGUGUGUGUGUGUCCAAGUUAGGCACCUACAUAGCCAUGGCGAACGCCAACGUCGUCUGCUCGAUGUGCGGCGACAUCGGCUUCCCCGACAAGCUCUUCCGAUGCAUCCGAUGCCACUCCCGCAUCCAGCACUCCUACUGCACCAACUACUAUGACGAGAGGACCGCUGGGGUGUGCGACUGGUGCCUGAGCGAAGAGCGAAGCGGUCAGAAACACGGGCUCCAUUCCAAGAAGUCCGCAGGAAGAGAUGGUCCGAGCAGCAAUAAGGUCAAAGAGAACGGCGACCAGGAGGAGAGCAGGAACCGGGGGAAGAGCGGUGCUUCUUCCUCGAAGCCGACCGGUCGCAGGUACAAGCUCCUCAAAGACGUGCUGUGCUGAGGAUGAUCUGCUGCUUGUUGAUGUGCAUAUUAGCUGUAAUUAGUAAGCUUCAAUAUAUGAUUUGUAAAUUUUAAGACUGAUAUAUAGAAGAAGGAAAGGAAAAAAAAAAA